AUGAAUAUACCAAAAUUUAUUUAUGAUGACGUUAAUUUAUUUCCUACAUUAUUAAAUGAUUUAUUUCCAAAUAUUCAUUGUCCAGAAGCAUCAUAUAAAAAUUUAAAUCGAAUUAUUAAAGAAAUAUUAAUCAAACAACAAUAUAUUUUAGUUUCAGAACAAUUGAAUUCAGUUAUGAAUGAUAAUAAAUUAUUAACAUUAGCUAAUGAAGAACAUAUUCGUUUACAAGAUUAUUGUUCAUUAUUAUUUGAAGUUGGUGAUUUAAAAUAUACAUCACCAGCAACUAUAUCACGUUGUGGAAUGGUUUAUGUUGAUCCAGAAAAUUUAAGUUCAUAUCCAGCAUGGAAACGUUGGUUAAAUAUGAAUUUAACUGAUUGA